AUGUUACGACAACUUUUAUCAGCAACAAAUGGUGUUGGCUCAGGGAUUGAAUCCAAUAAUUAUGAACACUGUUCAAUAUAUCCUUUAAGUAGUCGAAACUUUGAAAAUCCAACGAUAACAUUACCCGCAUCACCAUUACCACCACCGCCAUUACAUUUUUCACAAUCACAAUUACCACCACCACCAUCAUCAUCAUCAUCAUCAUCAGCAGCAUCAUCAUCAUCAUCAUCAUUAUCAUUACCCAUAUCGUUAUCGCCAACAUCAUCAUUACCAUCUGUACCAACAGCAACACAACAGAAUCAAUUCCGGAUUAACGAUGAUGAAAACUUGACUACUGUGGAAUAUAUGUCAUUAGCCGCGGGUUAUAAUACGCAAACACCGACAACAUCAAAUCAUUUGGGAAUUUUGGCCACAAAUAACGAUUUGAAUGACACAACAGAAUUAUUUUCAUCAACAUAUGCAAUGCUUUCGGCUGACAGUGCUCUAUCCUGGAAUAUUUGGGAUGAACAAACACGAUUUUCAAACAGCGCAAAUGAUUUUACUAACAAUCAAAUAUCGAUGAAUAUAAACAAUCAUAAUUUUGGUUAUCCAGUACAUACAACAGCUCCUGGUUGCUCAAAUAACAUUAGGUAUCAAACAUGUAAUACAGGCCAAAUUAAUAAUUAUUAUACAACAAAUAGCGAAGGAUUAAUUAAUGGUAAUCGAUUGGAGUUGCAACAAUUGGUACAACAGCCGGUAAUAUUACCGAAUAGUAAUGAUAUUGGUAAUAGAAAUUAUGAUCAACAAGGAAAGUGUACCAGUAAUAUGAACCAAAUGACACAAUGUCGAUUUUCUGACCCCAACCAAAGAAUGAUGAUUCAUACCGCGGUAUCUACAGGUUUUGGCGAAACAUUCAACAGAUAUGAAAGGAAGCAGGUGACAUGUAUGGCGUGUCGCAAUAUUUACUCAUCACGUAGAUCACUUACUGGGCAUAUUGGACGUAAUGAAAAAUGUCGCGAAAUCAUCGGUCGGAAUUAUUUAGACCAAAUGGGCGGUUUCGUUGAAAAUAUACGAAUAUGUGAUACCGGAAAUACUACCAGUUCGAAUGGUAUCGAUCCGGUUUGUCCAUACUGUGAUCGCUUUAUAAGUCAUUAUAAAGUAAAAAUUUUGUUCAUUUACUUUUCUAUCAUUCUGAUACAAGAAUUAGUUAAUAAAUAA